AUGAUUUGGGAAAAAUUAAAGAUUAUUCUUUCAAUUAUAAUUGAUUUAUUUAUUUCAUUAUGUGAAAUUCCAUUUUUAAUAUUCAAAACAAAUAAAACUAUUUCUACUCCCGUGAGAUUUAAAUCUCAACAUCAACAUAAACUUGAUAUAACUCAAAUUGCAACAGAAAUUCGUUCUAUUACAAAUCAUAAUCCAUCCGUCCAAAUUGUCAUGGAUCGAAAAUCAGGUGAGGGACAUUCAACGAGAUCAACAGCUUAUAAAGAUGGAAAAUAUAGAAUAAACAUAUCGUCAUUAAAUUCAAUUAUUGAAAUCAAUCAACAUGAAGAAUAUGCUGAAGUUGAAGCUCUUGUUACAUUUGAAGAAGUUUGUAAAGCAACAAUAAAAUAUGGUCUGUUACCUGCAGUUGUUCCUGAAUUUAAAUCAAUAACAAUUGGUGGAGCAAUUCAAGGUCUAGGUAUUGAAAGUACUUCUUGGAAAUAUGGUACUUUCGAUAAAACUGUUAUCGAAGCAACAUUAAUUACUGGUCAUGGAAAUAUUCUUUAUGCAUCGGAAGUUCCUGAUUUAUGGAAAAAUCUACCAGGAUCAAAUGGUACAAUAGCAUUAAUUGUUGCAGCUCGUAUUCGAUUAGUUCAAGCUACUGAAUGGAUUCAUUUAAGAUACGUUUUUUAUCCUGAUUUAUCAAAUUUCUUAAAUGAUAUUGAAAAGAAAAUUUCUAUACAAACGAAUACUGGUUGGAUUGGUGAUAAUCAAGUUAUAGAUGCAAUUCAUUUUUGUGGAAAAAAUCAAACGAUGAAUGGAAUUGUAGCUAUGUAUGGAGGGUGUGUUUCUAGUAUUCCACGGAAUGCAUCUAUACGUAAAGAAACGGUGUUUUCAUCUUUUUUCUACCAACAUGUUAAGAGUAUUUUAACUAAGAAGAAAAUGACAAAUGAUCAUAAUGAAACUAAUCUUUAUGAAGAUUAUAUACCAACACUUGAUUAUCUUUUUCGUCAUGAUAGAGGUGCAUUUUGGGCUGCUGCAGAAGUAGCUUCGACGGAUCCAUUAAUUGGCUUUAUUUUCCGAAGACCUUAUCUUCUUUGUCUUCUUAAUUAUUUUUUAAAAACUAAAACACUUUAUAAAAUAGCUAUGCUCACGUCUGAUCAAAAACGUGAAUCAACGGGAAUGAUUCAAGAUGUUGAUGUUCUACCUGAUCGUGCAGAAGAAAUUAUUAAUUGGGCAAUUAAUAAAGAUCUUAAUAUGAUUUGGCUUUGUCCUGUUCGUUGUCAUGGAACUGAUGAAAGUUUUUUUAGUGUUGCUCAACCUAAUACACCUUUCGUUAUGAAUAUUGGUCUUUAUGGAGUGGCCAAAGAUCUUCCUCAAUCAAAUUUAGAUUUACAAAGAUUAGUUAUAAAAUUAGGAGGAAAAUGUGGUUUAUAUGCACAUAUUUAUCUUGAUAGAGAAGAAUUCUGGAGUUGCUAUAAUUAUAAAGAAUAUAUUCGGUUAAGAGAAAUGUCAGGUGGACACGUAUUUAUGGAUCUUUGGGACAAAGUUGCUGGAAUUGUUUUCUCGAAAAUUUCAAUAAAAAGAUAA